UUCAAAAAGGGCGUUCUUAUGUUCUUUGGCCAGACACGUUUUUGGAAUCACUAGGCAUCUCUGCUUAUAGCUUUAUCUGCUUUUUAUUAUUAUUUGUAAAUUGAAUAUCCACAGUAGGAAAUAUGGAUUAUGAUAAGAAGGAACGUCAUCAAUUGAUGGAUAAAUUUGCCGAUGGUAUGAUCAGUCUAGCAAUGGUUGACAGAUUGGUUCGCAUUUCUUUUGGUAGGAUUCAACAGGAAAUAACAAAUGUCAUAGAAAAAGAUUAUUCAAGUGAGCAAUAUCAUCAUUUUUCAAUAUAUGUUGGAAGUCAAUUUGAAGGGAUGCCUGAGCACGUCUGUAGCGAUCAGGAUAUUAUGAGGUGUAAAUCAGAAUUUCCGAUAGUAAUGUGGCAUUCUCAAGCAAAAGUAGAAACAUUUCAUUGUGGGUAUGUAUUUGCUAAGCAUAAUUCAGAAGAGCCACUGUAUGUGAAUCUCAAGUUAGUGGAUGACAAUGUCUGCCUCCACGAGGGUCUUAAAAAUGCUUUUGAUAACAAUGGAUAUAUGAAGACCACCGAUUUCAAGGAUUAUAAUUCAAGAGAGAUGAAAGAAAUGGGCUAUGAAUUUACGGAACAAGGUCCCGCGUUCACAGGUUUUUCACCUACAGAGUUUAAGGAGGUAGAUAAACUAAAAUCAGACCAGGUAUAUUGUUGUAAAUGUCAAUCAUGGCCACCAAGCACUAAUGAAUUUUUCACUAGAGAAAGGCAGACCAACUGGCCACCACAGGAGCUGUUAAGAAAGUUAGCCCGUCUAGAUUGUUUUGUGGUCCCCAUUGGACACCAUAGUUCGUUAAAAGAUAUCGAAUGGAGGUUAUCAUUUUCCGUAGCUGAAAAAGAGCUCAUUCAUAGCAUGCCUGAUUCAUACGUUAAUUCUAUGUUUGCUCUAAAAGCCAUACACAAAAGUUACAUCAAAUACGAUGACUCUGUCACACCAACGCCAUUCUGCUCCUACUUCAUAAAGACCGCUUGUUUGUGGAUGUGUGAAACAAUCCCACAUAAUGAUAGCAUCAUGGAUUUAAUUAGAGAAAUAUUGGAUUGGCUUGAUAAAUGCUAUAGAGAGCAAAAACUGCCCCAUUAUUUUAUUCGCGAACAAAAUUUGAUUAGUCAUUUGUCAAAGAAACGUUGUAAGGAUGUACGAUCAAAAUUAACCGCAACGAAGAACGAUCUUUGGAAAAGGGUGAUGUCAAGUAUCGAUGGUGGUGAAUCCAAUAAAUCAGUUAAUAAAUCAGCUAUUAAUCAUAUUGCCAAUAAAUUGGAAAUGGAUAAAGUCAACGAUGCUAAUGACUACAAAUUACUGGAGACCAAACUCUUAAAGCAACCACCAGCUGUUCUAAAAAAAUUCACUAAAGUUCUUGAAAAUAAUAAAUGCAAAUACGGAAUGUAUUAUAUUAUAAAUAAAUGGUUAAUAAUAGACUUUGAAAACUUUUUUGACGCUAUCAAGAUCACUGUGGAUAAAAAUCUUCCUCCAUCAGAAAUACUUGAAAGGCCAAAAGCAAUUAUGAUGCCGAUUAUAAAAAGCAUUAAGCAGAUAGUACUAGAAGUAAAUGGUCAUGGAGAAAUGUUUACGACCCGUUUGUAUAGAUAUGUAGGUGAUAUGUAUACAUAUUUAUUACUGUGCUUCCAAAGCCAAUUUUCUAGUGCAUAUCGCCGCUUACCAUUGGAUUACUACAAACUAGGAGCUGAAAUGGUUCUACCUAACGGAUGGAGCGAUAAAAAGAUAGGUGGACUUUCUCUUGAAGCAAAAUAUCAUUAUUUAAUGGGUGAUUAUGAAUCACUUAAACCACUGCUUGAAUCUAUAGAAAAGUUGAUUCCUAGCAACACUAAAGAAAGACAUUGCACUCUUAGUAAUCUUACUUUUAUAUCGAUACAUCCAGAUAUACUUAAAAAAGGUUCUAGUGAUGAUGAACUGUUGCAGCUUCUUCUUGAUUAUGCAUAUUUCAAAAAAGUAUAUUUGCAUCCAUUCGCAUUUGUCCAUUACAUGAAGGCCAGAAUAUCACUCACUGAGGGGAACAUGGAUGUAGCUAACAAUGUGGAUGCAAUGAAGGAAGUCCUAAGUCAGGACAUGCCAAAUCCAAUAAUAAUGCAUACAACAAAUACAUUGAUAAAAAUCAUAGAAAGUCUCAAAGGCCUACUAACGGUAAUGAAAAUGGUUUUGAAUAAUGAGAUAAUAUAGGCAAAAAACAACAAAGCAAUAUGCCUAACACCUUUGUUAUUAAACAGUUUUGUGCCUCUCUUUUAAAAUCCACUUCCAUUUCCACGUUAUCAAUUAAAAAAUUGAUAAUGAUAUUUAUUGUGCCUUUAUCAUCGUUGUAUGAAUUUGGGUCAUCUUUAUUUGGCAUGUUGUUAGUAAUAGUAUAAAAGCGAAACCAUUUUAAAAUAUGUCUAUAGAUUUUCCUUAUAUAAUGAAGUAAUCAUACACAUUUGUUUGAUUUAGUGUUUAUUUAUUUUUUUUUUUUUUAAGUUAGGUAGGCCUAGCCCAAUAUUGAUGGUAAUGUUUAAAUGUGUGGUUAUUUUUAGAAAGAUCAAUUUUUGGUUGUGUUGCAUUUAUCUAAUAAAAUAUAUUUUAUUCAUUCUAUAAAGCAAUUGCGAGAACUAAUAAAUGUCAACAGAAAUUUCAUUCCAUAAUUUUGCCCCUUCAAACCCUAUACAAAACUUUCCUAAAGAAAUACAAGGUUGCGGAAUAGCUAACUUAAGCGGGUUAAUAAUAAUAAUAUGUCGGUCUUAUAUAGUGCUUCAUGCACAAAGCCUCUAAGCGCUUCACAUUACUACGCAGGUCAUUGGAUCAAACACGUAUGGAACACAUACUGAACACCAAAUUAAAUUAUUAAAUAAAAUUAUAUUAAAUGGAAUGAUAAACGAAAAGCCUAAUCUGCCGCAAUGUAGGGCUAUGAUCUCAAUGGAUAUGAUAAACGAAAAACCUAAUCUGCCGAAUAUCGGCAUAUGAUCUGAAUGGAUCUGUCGAAUGUAGGGCUAUGAUCUCAAUGGAAUGAUAAACGAAAAGGAUAAUCUGCCAAACGUAGGCCUGAUCUCAAUGGAAUGAUAAACGAAAAGCAUAAUCUGCCGAAUGUAGGCAUAUGAUCUCAAUGGAUCUGUUGAAUAUAGAGGACAUUAGUCCCGCAUCCAGUACAUCACCUAAGUAAACCUAAGUUAGUAAGUAAAAUUCCGAGUACAGGCGUAUGAUUGCUUAAUUUCUUAGAAAUCCUGAACAAAUUGAGUCUCCGGUAAAAUGUCGAAUUAGGUUUUCAUUUUUUUUAAUACAAAAAUCAACAAAUUAAGCUCAGUUAAAAAAAGGCUAGGCCUAUACUGUAAAAUUUGUUUGGUCCUAUCUGAUAUAUCUUAUGUGCAGGCGGUGUGACCACGGAGAAAAUAUAUUGAUAUACCGUAAAACCUCAAAUUGAAGCCUUGGGCUUCCUCUUUGUAUUUGCAAACUUUGCAUGGGCUUCUAUUCUUUGCAAAGAACCAAGGGGGAGAGAGGGGGCUUCUUUUCAAAUUGAAUGCUGUACAUUUUUUAAAUUACUGCUAUAAAACAAUAAAUAGGGCCACUGUAACCAGGAGUGUAUUAACCGGCAUUAAAUCACCUAAACUACUAUAUAAACCAGGCGUGUCUCUAAUUUAUGUUGCUUUAAAAUUCAUGUACUGUACAGUGUAUGGGCUUCUUUUCGAGGCUACUUUUGCAAACUAAAGAGGGGGCUUCAAUACAGGGAUUCGGCGAUGGGCGUCAUGUGACCUAACUUGGGCGUUGGAUAUAAACAAUUGACUGGCACCAUAGUAACCAGACCAUGCGUUUUAGCAUAAUUUAGCCCCGUUUAGCAUCUAGCAUGUGUGCUGGCAUAAUUUUGGCAAAAUUUAGCAUAUUUUUUUCCUGAAAAAAAAAAAAUAUCAAAACUGGUCUAAAAAUAUCGAAACUGGUCUAAAAAAAUUUUUAAAUAAAGGUCAUAAUUGAAGCCCGACAAAAUUGGAUGCCAGCAGGUCAAUUAAAAGAGUUUCAUCCAAAAAUCCUUGAAUAUAUAUUAGUAGGCCUACCACUGAUUCCAUUCAAAUUUAUCUACCGCAUCAUCAAGUCUGUUUUUUUUUCUUUUUGUCAAGGCAUUUGUCCUGCACAUCAACUACAGAACCUUUAGUCCUCUGUCAAGUAUGUGCCUGAACAUUUUUAAAAUGAAUUGUAUAAAUUGGAAGAACGAAUAUGAUUUACGCCAUAAACCAAAUGUACAGUUAUAAGCGUUUGUAAUAAAAGAAGAGAUAGAUAUUUGU